CAAAAUUGGAGGAAUUACAUUACCAGUUUUUUUUAUUGGCGAUGUUGAAAGACAGCGAUACUUAGCGAAGCCUUUUUCUUAAAAUUGGGGGGUUCGGUGAAACCCGAUGCUCAAAUUCUUUUCUUUUCAACUUUUUAUCAAAGUCAUUUUUCUUUCUUUCGCAGGACGUUAGACCAGCAAUACGUAGAGCUACAAGCGACCAUUCUCUUUAGCCAUUAUUAACUGGGACGAUCCGUUUAUCAUGGAUACGUCCAAACGAAACUCUACUACCAACAUCGAUAUCGGCCAGUUGGAUGCGUUGUCUGAGCUUCGCUUGACUGUCAGUCGACGACAUUCGGAUGUUGAUCUUCCGGAUUCGCCAAUAACAGACGACGAACAUUCCUCACCAACUACGCCCAAAAGCAGUGAAGCACCAUACCAUAUGUCUGAAGCUGCUGUUGAUGUUCAAAAUAAACUUGGUUUAGAACGACAGUCAAAAUUCAAGCGCGCAACAACCUUCCCUGUGGCAGGAGACAAGCCAGUGCGAAGUAACACUGCAGCUAGUUUGAAGCCAUGCCAUUCAAAGCUUUGCCGCUAUUUUUGCUCUGAAGAGAAUAGUUCGCUUUGUCCAAGCAAACAAACCGAUCGACCCGAAACGCCAAAUUCUUCCACACCCCCUCCCAUGGCCGCCGCACCAAAAAAUAAAUCUUUCAAACGUUCACUUUUUUCAUCUAAAAGCCGUCGACCUGUAUCAGCCAUCUUGACUCCCCAAAAGCCAAAGGAUGAGAAUCUUCACCAUAGUCGAACACGCAGUGGCGGAGACGAAUCCAGCAUCAUUGAGCCGACGCCAUCCCUCGAUCGGAGUAGCUCAUCAUCCUCUACGUUAUCAUCACACGGAUCGUUCCAUUCUGACCGUUUGAUCAAUGCUCUUGCAGCCGGUGAUUUGUCCCCAGUAACGGAUACCGACUCAGGCUCAGAGAGUACGCUAUGGAGCGAAAGUAAUGCAUUUGCAACAGUUAUCAAUUCCGCACCGGUAUCUGCGGCGUCGUCUCCUAAACUAAACCCUUUGGAAAGUCAGCGAAAAGGCUUUUUUGCUAAAAGAGCCAAUACACAGCCUGUGAUGACCAUCGAUGUCAGACCAGGAAAAGGAAUUAAAGCUGCUCUUCGUAACAAGAGAGAAGCAGCUGUACUUAAACGAGAAACCAAAGCUAUCAGCAUAUGGAGGACAAGUACCCUAGCUUUACUGGAGGCUGGACCUGACGAGCCCACCUUUGCGGAAUUGAACAAGUCACCGGAAAAAGUCGAAAAAGAUGCACUCAUGAGGCGGUUUAUCAUUUAUGAGAUAUACACCACAGAAAAGUCUUACUUAAAGAACCUCAAGAUUGUCAAAACGAAAUUCAUGGACCCUAUGCUCGAAUCUGCCAAACUUGGAAGUCCUCUUGUACGAUCACAAGACCUUCCCAUAUUGUUCGCUCAUUUAGCUGAUGCUAUCAAGAUAUCAACUCAAAUAAUCGAUCAGUUUGAAAAAUACAAGGAAGAAAGUGGCAUACUUUGGCGCAAGUGCCCCUUACGAGUUGGUCACAUCUUCAAGGAUUUAAAUGACGACAUGGGAUGCUAUGUGAAGUAUGCCUUGGACUACCAUUCAUUUGAGAAAGUCCUCAAACGUGCUGUGCGCAACGUGGAAUAUCAAAAAUUCAAUCAGGAUUCUAUCAACAACUUGGAGACAAACCGCAUGGGUCUUGCAGAUUACUUGAUUAUGCCCAUUCAGAGAGUCACCCGUUACGGAUUGCUUCUAAAAGAUCUGAAGAAGCAUACGUCGGUUGCGAACCCGGACUACGAGGAUUUGGACGGUGCCAUCAAGAUGAUAACUGGUUUAGCGAUCGCGAUGAACCAUGCCCAGAAGAAAAACUGAACCAGUUCAACAAACAACCUCACUGGCUAGGUUGAUAUUGUACAUAAUGAAUCUCAAUCUACCAAGAACAGCAACAAAGAAUAGUAUAGCAUCAUAAACCCCCUUUCUCACCUACACACACCCAUUAAUGAUCCUUUUCCUCGCUCAUACUCCUAGCUAUUGCAUACCUUCCCAAGAACUUGGCUCAUAAUUUGUUUUUUUCUUAAUCCCUUUCCGUUAUUAAAACU